AUGAGAGCAAUGGACUUUUCAGCAAACAAGUGCUACCCUUUGGUCAUGCCAAAUUUGAAUGAUAACGAUCCACGGAGACGCUUAGAUGUAAGAAGUGGUGCAUCAAUCAAUAUUUCAAAUUCAAGGAUCUUUGUAUUUGGUGGUUGUGUAUUUGAGCUAGAUUUACCUGCUAACUUCAAGCUUGAUACAAUACACAAAGCCUUCGUUGAUGGCAUGAAAAAAACGGAGAAUAUCGAAGACGUGUGUGGUAUUAAUUUCAAUCAAUACCUAUCUUCGGAAUGCUUUAGAUUAAGUUUAAUAAAUAGGAAGUGGCACCAUUAUGACAUUGCUGAAGGAUCUGACAAGCCACCCACACGAAUGUUCCACAAUAUGAUAAUUUAUAACAAUUGUAUUUAUAUAUCAGGAGGUUUAAGGUUCAAUGAGGAGAAUAAUCUAGUUGUUUUGAAUGAUUUAUGGAGAUUUAACCUGUUUGAGAAAUCAUGGAGAUGUUAUUAUAAAAACAACAAUGAUAGAAUUUUGAAAAGGUAUGAUCAUUUAUCUGCAGCUUUUUCAGAAAUGGAGCUAUUUGAUAAAUCUCUAGUAAAUCCAGGUAUUUGUAUUGUCGGAGGAAUGUCAGAAGAAGAUGAGAUUAUUGAAAAAGCCGAGCUUUUUGACUUAAUGGACGAUGACUUGAAAGUGCAAACACUUCCAAAUUUGUUAGCAUUCGACAAGCUAAUGAAUGGUUCAAUACCGAAGGGCCAUCCUGUCAAAAUAAGGGGUUCAACAUGUGGUAUGUUUUCAGCCUUCUGUUCCACAACAAAUGAGGAGAAACUAUUUGUCUUUGAUGAAUCACCUAACUUGAGUGAAUACGAACCGAUCCUAAUGUUUCGACGCGAUGCCAAAGGAAUCAGGUAUCCCAAAAACAACGGAUUUGAUACCAGCCCGAUUGGUAAACUAAGCUUUCCCAGAGUAGGAUAUUUUGGAACCAAUAUGAUAAUCAUGGGGUUUGCUGAGGAUGAUAAGAAGAUUUCGGCUUACAUGUAUAAUGUAAGGGUGAAUACGUGGACAAAAUUACAUAUAUCCUGCCUCCAUAAGAUUUACACACAUAAAUUGACAGUGGGUUUCGUCUGGUCUUCACAUCAUAAAAAUGUUUUCUUAGGGUCAUCUGUUAUGAAGGAAUCGGGCGGAUCUGUGAAUUACUUUGAUACUCUAAUGGUUCUGGCUUUACCAUUUACUAACUUUUUUGGAAACGAUAGUAGGAAAGUGUUAGAUAAGGAAUUGAAUGGAAAUAUUCCAACAUCGCAGGGAGCUGGUAUCCAGAAGCAGCGUCAGGGGAAAUCCGAAACAAGCGUGUUUGAUUUCUUUCAUCAAAGCAACAAUCCAAAUGAGCACUCUGGUGGAUUUGCCGAUUAUGCUUAUCAUGUUGCACAACAACUACCUCUUAAUUAUAUUUGCUAUACAUUGCCGCCACAUGCCAUUGCUAUUGGCAAGCAUGCUUUUGAGCGGAACACCUCUUUUUCUGAUUUGGAUCUUGUUUGUUGUGAUGGAUCAACUAUAAGUGUUCCAUAUGCUCUAUGCCGAAGGAGAUGGGGCAUUGGGUUUGAUGAGAUAUUGAGUGAUGCAUAUGCUAAAUCAUAUGUUGAAGGAAAGAGUCAAAGUUUGCGAUCAUCACAGGGAAGCGUGCAUGAGUCUAGAUCUUCAAUGGAUGAAUAUUCAUCACUUCACUCCAAAAGUAGUUCAGCGACUCCCAAUUUUAGAUACCCGUUUCAAGAUAAGAAGGAUAGAGAGACAACUACAACAACAACGGGAGUCACAGCAAAUACAGGUUUGAUACCUACGUCUGGACUGAGUUCGGCAAUUUCGCCCGUUAGAAACACACCAAGGAACUCUUCCGCAAACUCCAGACACCAUUCUUUAUCAGGCAGUUUAUUUCCGAAUACUACUCUGAGCAGAGCCUCUAUUUCAUUGAGUCAAUCACGUCGGAAUUCUUAUAAUCCAAUGUCUAGAACGAAUUCAAUAUCGGGUUCUAGAAGAAGCUCACUAGGAAAUACAGGAUUACCAAGAAGAAAUUCACCCAUUAUCCAACAUAGCAGGAGAGCAUCCACGCUGUCUAGAAACUCAUUUUCCAUUGGCAAUACCAACUCCAACAGCAAUAGCAUCAACAUCAACGAAGCAACAAACAACAGCCACAUGUCACCACAUAGUUCGAUUGAAGAGGUGCCACGCUUAUCACCACCAGUUACGAACAAUAGUUACAAAUCAUUUGGGGAAUUUGGACGAGUGGGAUCAAACAGCUCAUAUAGUGGUGAUAGUCGUAGUAGUAGUUCAACACAUUCAGAUGGAUCCAGUGAGUCCAUUCCAUCGGGUAUGCAAGAUGCCAUCAAUAAUUAUUCUAUACCACCACCUAAGCCGAUGCCUACCCAACCACCAGAGGAUGACAUUAAGGACAGCACAAUAUUGUCAGAUUCUAGUGAAGAUUGUACAUUUUCCAAGCAGGAUAUUGAUAAUAGUAUCAUCGAUUUAGUCUAUCAGCAAUUCCAAGACGAAAACAACAUUAACAUAGACCCUUUGAGGAUACCAAGAGCAUUAUAUAUACCAUAUUCUAAUGCUACAGUUCACGCUAUAGUAGAGUUUCUCUAUAGUGGACACAUUGGAGCCAACUGGAAGUUGUUCCCUACAGGUAUAGAGUUAUUGAUGGCCAGUAAGCAGUUGGGUAUACCAUUAUUAUACGAUUUAGUGAUGGAGAUCUUUUUUGUUAUCUUGGGCACUAUGGAGAGCAAAUUGAAGAAUGAUUUGAUUCUUUACCUGGAGCAUCACGCUGACGGAGAGGGGGGAGCUGACGAUGAAAGAAUUGAUAGGAUAUAUGAUAUUCUAGAUCGAGAAGGUGGUGAUGAUAUGGAUAUGGAUAUCGAACUAUUGCUAGAAGCUGCCAGCCAAAGUAGGAGAGAUUCAGGCACGACGAUUAGUAGUGAUAUGAAACUUGAUGGAGAUGAAGAAUUCUACAACGGUGACUUUGGUCCUAAUUGUGUUGAUGAUGAUUGUGGCAAUAGCAAUAGCUACCACUGUAUGAAGCCGAGAAAAGAUAGUACAAUGAACGGGAUCGAUCCAUUGGAAGUUGAUCCUCGGGAGGAAGGUAAUAUGGGAAGAGGCACGUUGGAUCGAUACCAUAUGAUGGGGAAUGGUAGCGAUGAAGGAAACAAAGGUAGUAGAGGUAGUAGUGAUUGUGAGGGAGGCGAAGAGUCUGGAGGAGUUACAAUUACUACGGGGAUGUUAGAGGAGAGAGGGUAUGAGACUAGUGAUAGCAGUGACAAUGAGGAAGGUGAAGUAUUAAUGAGUUCAUUUAAGAAUUUCAGCCUUACCGGAGGUGAUUCGGGGCGGAAUCUAGCUUCAGAAGGUGGUGAAGCUAGGGAGUGUAGCAAUAGGAAAAAGGGGCAUAUCACCGCAUGGCCUACGUUUAAGGAUUUGAUUGACAUCAACAGCGAUGUACAUAGCUGCACAAAUGCCAGUACGAAUGUGAAUGCCGCCAUUUCUACCGUUGGAGGUACGGGUAAGACGACAAGCACUAAUAGCAAUGCAGCUACCAAUAGCAAUGCCAAUGGAGGCGAAUAUCAUGGUUGUGAAGGUGAUACUGAGGCGGGAGGACCACAGAUGAAGCUCAAGGGGGUGUUUAUUGAACUCUUUGUUGAGGCUGGGGCCCUUGUGAAUGAUUCCAAGUUGAUGUUACAGGCCAUCUACGUUUUGGAUCUUUACAAGAAGUUUACAAGUUUGAAGAACACCGGAAGUGUCGAUGCGACGAAUGGAACUAAAGAUAAGGAGAAACAAAAACAGCAACAGCAACAGCAACAGCAACAGCAACAGCAACAGCAGCAGCAACAGCAACAGCAACAGCAGCAGCAACAGCAACAGCAACAGCAACAGCAACAGCAACAGCAACAGCAACAGCAACAGCAACAGCAACAGCAACUACAUCCGAUGAACAAGAGUAAGAGCACCAAUAGCACUAGUAAGAAUAGCACUGUUGAUACAUCAUUGAGCAAUAGCGAGCUUUUUGGGGAGAGGCUGAGAGGUAUUUCCAGCUAUCCUGAACGUGGUGCACCGUCUAUGCUGCGUCACGUGAGUUCUGCGCCGGUUAAUGAGGUGCAACAGCUGAGAUUUGAAAGGGAAGCUGAGGCGGAGGCCGAAGGGUAUCCUCGUAUCUAUGCAGAUACAUAUGCCGAUGUCGAUGCCGAUGCAACAACAGGGACAAAGAUAAGGACAGAAAGGGAUACACCAGUAGUGACCAAGGUUGGAGUCAAGGCGAAAACGGAUACUGGAAUUUCAGCGUACAAUGCGCCACUGAAACUUGAGAGAAGCGACAGUCUUCAAAGGGAGAAAAACGAAAAGAGUCAUCGGAAACGCAAGACUUUGCUGAGCCGUCUCCGUGGGUUUCAUCAGGGUCGAAACUGA